AUGCGCGAGGCGCUGGUGGAGCUGUUGUCGAGCAUGAUGCCGGAGUGGGACCUCGCCUUCAGCAAGGUCGCCUUCCAGAACGUAUUCAGCAUCGUUUUGCUCACCGCGGUCGUCUUGACGAGCACUUCGGCACACAAGAUCGACGCGAUGGCCAUCAAUUUCGGCCGCACGACCGCUGGCACCCUGCUCAUCUACGUCAUCCCCGCUGUCCUCUGGGUGUCGACCUACCGCACUUUUAUGGUCAGCAAGAUACAGACGCACCAGAUGAUCGGCGUGGUCGGCCUCGUCGCCGUCGGCGUGUCGCUCGCGGUGCUGAGCCCGAUCGUCUGGCUGACGCGCAUCGACUCGAGGUUCGGCGCCAUGGGACCUCCAGACGUGAGUGGCGCAGAGGCUCAGGCUUUGCGUGUGCACCCCAACGGCUCCAAGUGGUGGUGA